AUUACCCCCCUCGUUUAGCGGACUUAUUAAAAACCAACUCACGUCCACCACUUUUAAGCCUUGCGCUUGCGCGCAACGGAACCGGGAGCUGUCCAAGUGCUGAAACGAGAAAAGGCGUUCCUCCUCCAUUCCUUGACUGUCCUCCACCUGAGCGAGAUUUCACUUCCUAAGUAACAACACAGGCCAGAGGGUUGUUCUUCACACAGAGAGCUCGUUAUACCCCAGCCAACGCCAGCGCUGACCAUCCAGCCGAUGCGCCUCGGAGUUUUACCUUCUCGGCGUCUGACCACAGGACUCAUGUUUCCUCGCACCUCCGCUUCGAGACAUCUGGUUUUGGGAGUCAGAGUUUCAUGAAAACUAAACUAUGAUCCGUGGCUGCGUUGAGGAAUGUCUCCUGUAUUUCUGUGUGACAAAAGAACACCCAAACGCCCACGACUUGGUCAGGAAGAAAGCGUUCCCCCUAUUUGGAUUAUGUGUCUGACUAAUGUAAACAUAUGGAAGAAAUAGAAAAGUGAGCACAUGGGGAAACCACCAGGAAUGAAGCGCUCCUUCAUUAAGGUUUUGGCAGCUUUGUUUACAUGUUUCAUGGAGACCAGCAACUUCAGAGUUGUGGAUGCCAAGGAGUACGAUACCAGAUCAUCCUCUAACAUGUCUCCGUCAGACUUUCUGGACUCGCUCAUGGGUCGCACGUCCGGGUAUGACGCACGAAUAAGACCGAAUUUUAAAGGUCCCCCCGUAAACGUUACAUGCAAUAUUUUUAUCAACAGUUUCGGCUCUGUCACAGAGACAACUAUGGUGAGUUCCUCUGUCAUUUCGGUCAGUUAUUACCCUUCAAACUGUGUCAAUGUGUUAUCUAUCCCUCAACCUGCAGGUCCACCAGUUAAUGUUACCUGCAACAUAUUUAUCAACAGCUUUGGUUCUAUAGCAGAAACUACAAUGGAUUACAGAGUAAACAUCUUCCUGCGGCAGAAGUGGAAUGACCCACGGCUGGCGUACAGCAAAUACCCGGAUUCCUCCCUCGACCUGGACCCCUCCAUGCUGGACUCCAUAUGGAAGCCUGACCUCUUCUUCGCCAACGAGAAGGGAGCCAACUUCCACGACGUCACCACGGACAACAAGCUGCUGCGGAUCUUCAAGGAUGGGACUGUCCUCUACAGCAUCAGGUUGACUCUCAUUCUGUCAUGCCCAAUGGAUUUGAAGAACUUUCCCAUGGAUGUCCAAACUUGUACGAUGCAACUGGAAAGUUUCGGCUACACCAUGAACGACUUGGUCUUCGAGUGGCUGGAGAACGGAGCGGUGCAGGUGUCGGACGGACUCACCCUGCCUCAGUUCAUUAUGAGGGAGGAGAAGGAACUGGGCUACUGCACCAAACACUACAACACCGGUAAAUUCACCUGCAUCGAAGUCAACUUCCACCUGGAGCGCCAGAUGGGCUACUACCUGAUCCAGAUGUACAUUCCCUCCCUCCUGAUUGUCAUCCUCUCGUGGGUGUCUUUUUGGAUCAACAUGGAUGCUGCUCCUGCCAGAGUGGCGCUGGGCAUCACCACUGUGCUUACCAUGACCACCCAAAGCUCCGGCUCCAGAGCUUCUCUUCCAAAGGUCUCUUACGUGAAAGCCAUUGAUAUCUGGAUGGCUGUGUGUCUGCUCUUUGUAUUUGCUGCAUUGCUAGAAUAUGCUGGGGUUAAUUUUGUCUCCAGGCAACAGAAAGAGUUCCUUCGUCUGAGGAGAAGACAAAGGAGGAGCCACAAGGAUGAUGAUAUGCGUGAAGGCCGCUUUAAUUUAGCUGGCUACAACAUGAGUCAGUGUCUGCCAACAAAGGACGGCUCAGCUGUUAAGAACGCUGCUCCGGCCCCGAACCCUCCACCAUCAGUCCCUAAGGACGUCGAUACUAUGAAGAAAAAGUUUGUGGACAGAGCCAAGAGGAUAGACACGAUCUCCAGGGCCGCAUUUCCUCUGGCUUUCCUCAUCUUCAACGUCUUCUACUGGGUUACCUACAAGAUCAUCCGACACGAGGACAUCCACACAAAGUAAAGACUUUACCCUCGACAGAUAAAAUUAUAUUUUUAAUUUCUCAGAUUGAGAAAUGCUUGGAGUGGAAGGUGGGGCGAGAGGGAGAGAAGGGAAGGCUGUGCAUUGAGAGGCACCAUGGUGGUAAUGAUAAUGGUGGUGUUCUUUCAGGGAUUAACGUACAAUGUUCAUGCAUCACACAGUAAUGCUCAUGUUCUGAUAAUGUGAACAGCUCUUGAGAUACAGUGGCUUUACUUGUACUUGUACUGCUGCAAAAUAUUUUCUGAAGAAUCGAGACUUAGUAACAUGCUGGAGAAGACGGACCAAAAUCUUUUUGAAUCCUGCCUUGGCAUUUGUGCAACUAAGGAACAAAGUAACAUUCCACAGAUCCAUAACUGUGAGGUAGCUUAGUUAGACCUUUCUGUGAUUGCAAAAUUUCUUAUCUAAGGAUAUUUAGGACUGUUUUAUAGUGCACUAUUGUCACAGCUUCUGAUCUAUACAAGCAGAGAACACACAGAUGCAUCUCUCAAACAUUAGGCAGCAGCACACGUCUCAGGCAUGAGUGUGAACAACGCAGAUGAAAAAUCUGGAAUUGGAUACUGCAUUUUUAUGAAAUACCUGAGGCCUUAGAUAUCAAAGAUUUGACGAGAUGAAGUGCUACGUGUCUCUAUUUUUUCAAGCAUCUUCUAUUGUUGAGCGGUCUCUCAUAGCCAAACGCACGAACGUUGGAGCUUUUCUACCAGACAUGGCCAGACAUCCAAAGGUACUUCUUGAUGUUGAGUCCCUGUUCUCUAAGUGAAUUAUAAAUAAUAUUCACGGUCACCUAUAAUCACUGUAAGUUAUUAUUGAUGUUUUUCUUUUCCCCAUUUUUUUUGCCGUUCAAUCUGAGGUAUUUCAUUAUAUAAAUUGCCAUAUAGAGCUAGGUUCAUAAAAGUGUGAUGGUGUACAGGUAAGGCCACAAACUAUGAACAUGCACUACAUUAUUCAGUGUUGUUAUUUGCCCAUAUCCAGCAUAGACUGUAUAUAAAUAUGGACAACGCGUUCCCACUUCCUUGCAUUAGCCAAACGCUAGUUUCCCGGAGAUACGGGUGGAGCCAUCUUGUGAGUUUCAAGUCUUGCGCAGACUCACUUGCAUUUUUGUUUAAUUAUUACUGCGUUCUGCCCUACCUCCACCAGUUACAAAGAAAUGUUGGAUUAUACACUGUACACAUUUAUUUUUUCUAACUCAUUUCGCAGAACUGUUGGCAUGGCAACUUGUAAAAACCUAUCAAAAAAGUGGACACUUAAACAUGCAUCAGCAUUAUAUUAAGUACCUAAAAUGACAUUAACCAUCCUUGAAAAAAUGUAUAUUUUAUGUGUAGUUUAGUGUUUUAUUUUAUCCCUUCGACUAACGUAGAGGAGGUGGAGCUUAGGGCCUAUACUGCAAACAGUCACCAGGGGGAGCUCUACUUGCUUUGGCUACACGUUUGAGGAGUUGUUCCAUUGUCCAUCUUCAUACAGUCUAUGAUAUCCACAUGAAUUCAUUUAUAUUCCAGGUAAAUACUCGAGGUAUCCUAGGUAUGGUUUUAGAGAUUGUUUUUUUGUUGGUAGAUUUAGUAUAUUGAAAUAUUUAUUGUAAAGGGGGGGGGGGGUUAUGUUUAUAAAAUGAUGUCUUUCUGUAUACUUCUUCAACAUCUGCUGUGGACUGUUUCUCUUCACUCGUUUGUUGCUGGAUGGUGUUGAUAGAUGAACUCGAGAGCGAAGGAUAGAUCUGCAUAAAGUUUGUGGUACAGAGCAGGUAAUGGCCCUUGCACUCCUGAUAUACUGUGGUGAAGAACUCUUUUCUUGAAUGCUAUUCAUGAAAAAAGGUUAUUUACAGGCCUGUAUAUCAAUAAAAUUGACAGUGCACCAUGUUUACUCUA